UUGGAUUCCUCACACACUACACACACUGACACACUGUUUCAGUGUGUGUGUGUGAUAAAUGAAUAGAGCUCGAGUUUCCCUUUCCCCCAAUUCAAUGGCAUCUGAUACCAACAACAACAACAAACCCUUGUCAUCAAGAACCCAACAACACCAGCAGCAGCAGCAAUUGGUCUCCACAAUGAUAAAGCACGGCUUCAUCUCCGACCCCUUUCUCUCUCCUUCCCGCCUCACCACUCUCUCUCCUCCCCCCACCUUCAAGCCCGCCCCCGGCCCGAAUCAGAGCCCGACCCUCUUCCAGAUGAUGUCCGCCGAACAGUCCCGCGACCCGAAGCCCGGUUCCGAGGCCCACAACAAACUCCAAGACAGGAUUUCAUCCCUCCUCUCUCGAGCCCCGUUCAAUGUCACCGACCGGUGGGGGGUUGGUGACGUCAGGCUGACGGUGGCGUCGAGGUCGGAUUCCGGCGAGGGCGAAUCGCUCCGAGUAUCCAUGGACGUGCACCGGAGGGUUCUCGCCGCCGGAAGCCGGUUCUUCGCGGAGAAACUCCGCCGGAGCGGGACCCACUCCGUCGAGAUCCUCGAGUGCGAUGACGUGGCGGUCUACGUGGAGGCUGUUGUCCUCAUGUACUCCGAUGAGUUGACCGCCGAGCUCUUCGGUAUGGAUGUCUCCAAGAUCUUGACCCUCUUGAAGAUUUCGUCGGCCAUUAUGUUCGACGAAGGGGUGAGAGCAUGCUUGGAGUAUCUAGAAGCAAUACCUUGGUCCGAAGCGGAGGAGAAGAACGUAAUUUCACAUCUCAACGAACUCAAUCUCGACGGUUACCAAAUGGACGGUGUGCUUCAGAGAGUGAUAUCCGACCCCUCUACGUCUUCAAGAGCCGACGAAAUCUUCUUUAAACUCUCGUCGAGCGUACUGCGUGCAAAAGACGAAAAGCCCCGUAAAGAAAUGAAGUCGUUACUCACUCGAUUGCUGGACGAAGAUCAUUAUAGUAGACUCGAUAUUUCGAGAAACACUCUCUACCAACUCUGCCAUAGAUGCCUUAGCUCACUCGUGCUGAGCUUAUCAGCGGCCACGUGUGCAGACGAAGAAGCCGUGCAGCAAGAUCGAGGGGUUUUAAUGGCUGAGAUCGCUCGAGAGGCCGAUAACAUGCAGUGGAUCGUGGGUAUUUUAAUGGACAGAAAAAUCGGGGAGGAGUUUGUGAAGUUGUGGGCCGAUCAAAAGGAGCUUGCGGUUCUUCAUUCGAAGAUUCCCGUAAUGUACAGACACGUGAUUAGCAAGAUUACGGCCCAAGUUUGCGUCUUUAUCGGACAGGGCAAAGUGUUGGUUCCGAAGGAGGUUAGGUUCGGCUUGCUUUCGACUUGGCUCGAUGCGCUUUACGAUGAUUUCGGGUGGAUGAGAACGUGCGGCGGGAAAUCGGUUGACCGGAAAGUUGUUGAGGAGGGAUUGGGUCGGAUGAUUUUGACCCUGCCGCUGACUCAGCAGCAGUUGAUUUUGAUGAAAUGGUUCGAUAGGUUUGUUAACGGAGGGUAUGAUUGUCCGAAUAUUAAGGGGGCGUUUGAGGUUUGGUGGCGAAGGGCUUUCGUGAAGCAGUACGUGGUGGAGUCGCAGCUGCAGGUAGCUUUGUGUGACGUGGAACACUGAUUUUGAUUGUAGAAAUCGCAGUUUGUGGGACCCGUUGAUGAGGUGGCGGUGUAAUCAAUGGCGGAGUGGAGAAGGAAAUGAAAAUCGAACGGUGGAAAUUAAUUGGCACGUCCGGUAACCUCGUGUUCGUCUUGCCCUUAUCGACUCGGGUCGUAUUCUCUGAAGAUCUUUCUCUUGUGGGGUCCAUUUAAACGAUUGUAUAGGCCAUUUGAUAACCGUCCAUAUAAACUCUAUAGAUUUUUUGUCCACCCUAAUAAAAUUCUGGCUCUGUCACUGAGGAUAACCAUCGAUUUACCACAUAGAACGAAUGAGCUCAUGUGUGAUAUUUAUAGCUUGUGAAUUUCAAUCGGACCCUUUU